UCUACUCUGAGCAUUUUUGUAGAACGCCGGUUUCCACCCCGUACGCAUCACAGACUCUUAGUGAAUAAUUAUUGUGCAGUUAAUUUUUGUUGUACGGAAAUUGGGAUUGAGGAAGGAUCGACAACUUAAAAUUCUGAAACUAUACGCAUACUAGUUAAUGUUGACAAAAAAAUGCAGCCAGUUCCUUAUUUUACAGGGCACGCUCGCUGCUACGUGUACAGUGGCUUUGCCACCAUUAAAAAGCAGUCUAGACGUUGCGAUGUCAGUAUGCUUGCACACCUGUCGGACGUCAUGAAUGAUUCAUCCAACUCCAACGCCUCCGUCCAAUACCCCCAGUGGCAGUGGGAGGAUUGGCAGGCUUUCCUGCAGCCAAAGUUUAGGGCAUUGCCGGGUAUUCGGAAAUAUCAGUACUUCAGAUUUGAACAACGGUGGCCCGGGUUUGUUUUCGCAAGGGAACGACAUGAAUCAGAAAAGACGAAGAUUCUUUUGACAUCAGAAUCUGGUUUUGUCGCAACGGAGAUACCACGCACGCUCACAACUGCAGGGUUGUAGGAGCAGCGUCGCGCUUUCCUGACGAAGAUGGUCUCCCCCUACGUGUCCGGUGUGCAUCAUGAUGUGUUAGUGCAUCAGGAAGAUUGUGAUGUUUGAUUAGCACACACUUCAACAUACUCAACUUGGAGCAUUGAGAAAUAAAUGUCUCAAAAAAAUAAUCGUGGAAGUGGAUAUUGUUGUGUUUCACCACUUCACAGAUUCAUUUACUUUUAUUAACUUAACAUUUUUGUAUUUAAAUGGUAUAGUUAUAUAUCUAAAUGUUACCGAUUGUUACUUAUGAGCAGUUGAAAUGCUUUAUUAAACAGAAAACACGAAAAUAUUAAAUUGCGAAACAAUGUUAUCUACGCCCAAAAUAGGCGACGUCAACGACGUCGUAUUCAAGAAAUUAUUU